AUGGUCGGUCAUACACAUGAGGAUGUUGAUCAGGUAAUCGUGGAUAUUUAGUUGAUAACGUCGGCUCACUAACGAUCAGGGCCGGAGUUGUAGCUAGAAGGUAAUCCGAAUAUAUCGAAAACUGUACAGUAAGUAGAUUCUCAAUGAUCUGUUCAUAUCUUUAGAUGUUCAGUAGGAUAUCAGCCACGUUAGGACGACGACCCGCUCAUACACUACGAUCUCUUCACGAAGCAAUUCAUGCGUCUUUUACCCCAGAGCCAAUUACUGCAGACCUUUGUACCAUAUGGGAUGUGAAGUCAUGGUUACAGCCGUAUAUCCCAGCGCUAAAAAAUCAUUCCCGUCACCAUUCCUUCAGAUUUCAAAAAGGCAAGGGCGAAUAUGCAGAACAUGUCGAAAUGUGUUACCGCAAUUGGUCCAAAUGUAAGCGGAAGGAAUGGCUACCAAACGAAACAGGCAAUAUAAUUUGUACCCUUAAUGUUGCACCAAAAGGAUCUCCAUCUAUAUUACGACCAGAAUAUAGCAAGUGUCCCAGCGUUGACGAUAUGAGAUCUGGAUUACAGCAGUUCAGCUCCAGACUUUCGGUAGAUGAAUCAAAUUGGUGGCUAAAUUUUAUUAAGACGGAAGAGGAACAACACAUGUCUUGGGAACAACGUACUGAUGAACAACUUAAAGCAGCUGGAAAAUCUUUUUCAUUGAAAGAUCUGAUAUAUCGAGAAGUCAAGAUUGACUUGGAAUUGAUGUCCGACGAGGCUACUGUGAAGAGAAUAGCCGAGCUUGAGAGGCUGAUGGAUAAAAAUAAAACCUUUCCAGAG